AUGAAAAUUAUCAAUUGGAAUUGCAGGGGUUUAGGGAACCCCCGUGCAGUUCGAGCCUUGAUAAGGCUCACCCAUAUUGAAAAGAGGGGUGGAGAUAAUUUCAUCUGUCUUGGGGACAUGAACAACAUUACGUCUGAUAGUGAGAAGAGGGGUGGAGCCAGUAGAUCCACAAUCCAAUUUGCUUGGGGCACCAAACUUUGA